AUGUCUCCCCCAGGAAAUCAACACCAACACCCCCCUGAGAACACUGAGACCAUCAACACCAUGUCUCCCCCCGGAAAUCAACACCAACACCCCCCUGAGAACACUGACACCAUCAACACCAUGUCUCCCCCAGAAACCAACACCCCCCCCUCCCCUGAGACCAUCAGCACCACUUCCCCCUCGGCAAUCAACACCAAUAUCCCCCCUGAGCCCAUUUACACUGCAACCCACCCUGAAAUUAUUGACACCCCUGCAAUCGAGACCAACACAAUUCCACCUAUGUUGCCAAUUAACGUUUCCCCCCUUAAUUACUCCAGUCCCUUUGGCACCCAAGUUACCACCAGCAUUACAGAGGCCAACACCCCCCUACCAACCUUACCUGGGACCAGUACGGGUUUUUGCUUGAAUACAUCAGCUCAAACCUUCAUUCCCUCUACCACCUUUCAUUCGGAAAGCAGUUCCACAUCGGGACUAAUGCAUUUGUCUCAGCAAUGUCAGAAUCCUACAAAGUUAUCAACAGGUUUCCCUCCAUUUGCAAUGCCAAUAGGAUCAAAUCUGCCAAGAAUGGCAUCCAGCUAUUAUAGCAACCACAAUCAGUCCAGGAGCAAUUUGUCAACCAGUCCUAUGUAUACAACCCCAUCUGGACAUCAACCCACAGUCCCGUUGAUUAAUACAAGACCUUCCCACCAAGAUUCCACCAUUCGGCUAAAAAGGAUGGCCCUACCCACAUUCUCCGGACUUAGGAAAGACUGGCCAGAGGUCAAGGCAGUCUGGAAGUCUAUGGCUGAGUCUGCAAGUUAUAAUAAAACUGCAUUAGCACACGAACUUAAGAACUCAGUUAAAGGAGAAGCCAAACACCGCAUCAAAUCUGUUUUUGUCCCCAAGCCCGAAGCUUACGACAUCAUGUGGGAAAAGCUAGAGUGUCACUAUGGAGAUACCACUGCCAGUGUACAAGCUGCUUUGGAAGAUCUUCAAAGGCUAAAACCUGUAAAAGAAGAAGAUUAUAAAGCUCUGGUUGAAUUAGUUGAUGAAGUUGAAUCUGCCUACAGUCAAUUGGAAGAGCUCAACCAGCUAAACACUUUAACCAUGCGAGAUGUAGACAACCUAACUGAUUUGUUACCUACCCAUCUUAAAGUCGACUGGAGACGAAAAUAUCGUGAUUUAUCGUCUGCCGAGAAGCUUCAACCAUUUACUCCGCUAAUGAAGUUCCUAGACAGAGAACGUUCAGUUGUGGCUCGUUUAGCAGAGAAUCAGCAUUCUAAGAAAAGAGGAAAUGACAAUGCAAGAGGAUACAGCAAAACCUAUCAUGUUGAAAGAGGUGCAAAACACGGACAAAGGACCUACUACAAGUGUGCCUUCCCCACCCACAGAAAAGACACCAUAAAUCACACCACCGAACAGUGCAAAGAAUUCCAGAAGUUGUCCAUCAGCGGUAAAGAUGGCAGAUAUGAGUUGUUGAAGCAGGUAAACGCUUGUUUCAAAUGUUUUGGUAAUCAUAGGAAGCUUAACUGCCCCCAAAAAACUCCCAUGUUCCUCAUGUGGAAGUGACCAACAUCAUUCCCUGCUGUGCAUCCCACCAAAGCUCCCCAAAGAUUCCGGGGAGAAAUCCAAAACUGCAGAUGAUGGGAACAAGGAAUUAGCAUCCUAUACCGUAGAAAGUGAUUCAAUGGCAUUAUACCCUAUCCACCAAGCGACCAUUAGCGACAGUGGUAGAAAAGUGUCCGUCUUCUGUGAUGGAGGCUCUAACGCAAGUUAUAUCACUCACCGUGCUGCGGAAAGAAUCAAAGCAAAGAAAGUUAAAAAACUCUCUCUUGACGUGACAACUAUGGGAAAUGUCGAGAAAACGUACAACACGUGGCAAUACGAGUUUCCAAUCAACACAAGUGCUGGAAAGAAAGUCACUGUUACGGCCUUUGGCAUGGAGCGAAUUACUGGACAAGUAAGCACACUGGAUCCUAAAGUCCUGGUAAAGUUAUUUCCAGAAUAUGAUCCUGAAACACUCCAGCGAAAGUCAACACACGUGGAUGUCCUGCUGGGCUGUGAUUACUUCGGUCUCCAUCCAAAACAAGAAGAAGCUAGAUGUGGCGACAAUCUAAGUAUCAUGAAUGGAGCAUUGGGGAUUUGCCUCCAAGGCGCCCAUCCAGAUCUGAUCGAAGAAACAAGAUAUGACACCAACCUCGCAAAGAAAAUACACGAUGUGAACGUGAAAGUGGAGAAAUACAAGACACGCUUGGACUCACAUCCAGAGUUCCAUCCCAACCAUACCAGAGAAUGUUCUGUAAAUGUAUCGAGUUCCUAUAGUCACCGAAAGGACGAAAGCCAGAUUGACAAUUUUAUACAAGAAGAACUUGCCACCGAAAUUUCUCCACAAUGUGGUGGAUGUCGCUGUAAUAAGUGCCCUACUGUCGGACACACUUACUCUUUCAAGGAAGAACAGGAAUUAAAACUGAUUCAAGAAAACCUCGAGUACGACGAAAUUAACCAAUGCUGGAUAACCAGUUAUCCCUGGCUCGUAGAUCCACAAAGUUUACCCGACAAUUAUCACACAGCACUUGCUACGUUAGAAAGAACUGAAAGAACGCUUAAGAAAGAUGACCAAUGGGCUAAGACGUACAAGAGCCAAAUGGACGAUAUGGUCGAUCGGUGUGUAGCAAGAAAACUAGCAUCCGAAGAAGUAAAGAGCUGGACUGGCCCGGUGUUCUAUAUCUCCCAUUUAGCAGUUGUAAACCCGCAUUCCAAUUCUACGCCCGUGAGAAUUGUGUUCAACUCCAGCCAAACGCACAAAGGUGUUUCAUUAAAUGCUUGUAGCGCUAAUCGGAGAUAUUCGAAAGAUGUUCAACUCGGUUUAUUUGAAGGCCUUGGAACAGCAUUGCCACCGUUUCCUAUGGCGAGAUUUACAGCAGCAUCGCCCACCGGACAUUUACGUUAUACAACGAGUCAAUAUGGGCGAUACACCAGCCCCCGCCAUCAGCACAGAAGCUGUCUACAAGACCGCGGAGUUGUAUCGAGAGGAUAG